AUGAGAGUAUCGUCAAGACUAUUGAAGCACACAAUAAAGUUUGUGGGUGGCCCACAUCCAAUUCCAAGUACGUGAACAAAAAAAACCCCCCCAUUAAACAAAGCUCUUUCUUGUCGAAGCUUCCCGUGAAACCAAUAUAAGUAUGAAUAUGUAUAUACUAACGGCGGCUUGAUUUUCCAGAGACCCCACACGCGGCAAAAGCACAUCCAUUUGCACCAGAAGGCGUAGUACCGGGAUCGGUCGGCUCGAGCUCAUCUGGUCAGCAGACAAGAAGGUAUCAUAAUAGCAACCCCAUAGAACCAAAAGAAGGCGAAUAUUUCUCAAGAAGCGAAUUGUCCAAGAGAUUCAGAUACAAGCCUAUUAAGGAUAUCGAAAUUGACCAGGUUAGCUCUGGCGGUGCUGAUAUUAUAUUUUGA